AAGAGCCUGAGUCACAUGGGCCUCCGGAGGGAGGCCCUGCACAGCCCAUGACCAGGCCUAAAGCCGCGGUGUGGGGUUCCUGUGACCAGCCCCACAAAGCCAGCCCCGUGAGCCCGUCGGCAGCCCUGGAAGCGCAGCCAUGGCGCUCUCUGCCAAACGCCCGGGCGGGGCUGCCCAGGACCUCCAGAUUGGAAGCUGUGGUGGCCUGGGGUAUGUGUGUGUGUGUUCACCCACGCCCCUGGCUUCACCUCCCUCCAUUGGGACCGGAUCCAGUGCAUUCUGUGGAUGGGCCUGCCUGGUGGGACCCAGCUGUUAGGAUUAUGGGGUGCUCCCGAAGACACAGCCAUGCCCAUUGCCCCAAGAUGGCUAAGACCUGGGUAAGGAGGUCCUUCUCCAGUCCCCAAGGCUGGCGGCCUCCUGAGUGCCGAGAUGAGGGCACACAUCCCUCCUCGCCAGUGAAGCCCCUUGGAGCCCAGGGGCCCUGGAGAUGCCUGGCGGGGGCCACGCUGCCAGUCCUGGGGGAAAGACCUCACAAACCUAGCCGGGGGUGGGCCUGGCACCACCCACGACUGCUGCUUCCAUGCCAGUGGCCACCAGGCCGGCUGCAGAUGCUGGACUGGGAACAGGUAGGGGCUUCGCAGGCAGGGUGCCACCUGCGUGCGCAGCGAGGCAGCGUGGGGGCGUUGGCACGUCUGUUCUCCUUUCGGCUGUUGCAGAGACAGGCAUUUCAAAACCACAAGUGCCCCGGGCUAGCCUGCUCCUGCGGGGUCAGCCUGCUCCCACGUCACCCCUUUCCUUUAGAAGAUCAAGCCACACACGUGGUUGUGGGGGUGCCGGAGCCGUGGCCCGGGCUCCCCUCUGGAUGGCCAUCUUUCUGUCUCCCACUCCUGGCUGUCUCUCCUCCCCAGGGGCGGUGCUCGCGGCCGGGGCUCAUCACUGCUCAUGGUCGAGGCGCAUCUGGAUUCUGCCUUCCUUAUCAGCAGGGUCUCAGUCCUCGUGGGAUGUGAAGGUGGGGCCUCAGCCAGUGCGGGGAAGCUGGUUGGAUGGUGAUCUUCUCACAGGCUGCGGCAGCCACACCUGCAGCUAAGCGAGGGAGGA